AUUAUUUUAGAAACUAUAACCCACCAUAUAUAUAUACUUGAACAAAUCUCCUUCAUUCUAUAUACAGAGAGAAAGUGAUCGAUCGAGUGAAUGGAGUUUAAACAGUUUUCUCAAGUUGCUAUCCUGCUAGGCAUGGUUGUCAUUCUUAUUUUCUUUGUAUUAUGUAAAGUAUUAUAUUCUUGGUUGGUGCUGCCCAAACUGAAAUAUCAGAAGCUUAAGGAAAAUGGAUUUGAGGGACCAGCACCAAGUUUCCCUCUUGGAAAUAUUAACGAAAUGAAGAAGGAGCUGAUGAACACAGCUUCUUCUGCUACUUCGUCACCUUCUCUUUCUGCCUUAAAAAUUAGCCAUGAUAUCCAUUCAUUGGCAUUUCCAUACUUCGCUAAGUGGCAGAAAUUACAUGGAAAAGUAUUUAUAUACUGGCUGGGAACAGAACCAUUUGUUUACAUAGCAGACCCUGAAUUCAUAAAGAAGAUGUCUGCGGGAGUAAUGGGCAAAAGUUGGGGGAAGCCAACAGUGUUUAAGAGGGACAGAAAGGCCAUGUUUGGUAAAGGGUUGGUUAUGGUGGAAGGAGAUGAAUGGAUGGGAUGGGUGAUGAAUGAAGUACUAAGACUAUACUCACCGGCACCAAAUGUACAAAGGCAAACUAGAGAAGACAUUAAAGUAGACAACGUAGUCAUCCCCAAAGGAACAAACAUGUGGAUUGAUUUGGUGUCCAUGCAUCACGACAAACAACUUUGGGGCGAAGACGUGAAUGAGUUCAAACCAGAAAGGUUUAAGGAUGACAUGAUACAUGGCGGAUGUAAACACAAAAUGGGAUAUUUGCCUUUUGGUUUUGGAGGAAGGAUGUGCAUUGGUAGGAAUUUGACAAUGAUGGAGUUCAAAGUUGUCUUGUCUUUAAUCUUGACAAACUUCUCCUUUUCCAUUUCACCUAACUAUAGACACUGCCCUUCUAUCAUGCUUUCUCUUAGGCCCACACAAGGAUUGCCUCUUAUAUUCCAACCUCUUUAG